UUGAAUGUCUUUGCUUCUCAGGCUCGGGGCUCGGAUACACUGGAUUCAGGCACGGAGGGCGCCGGACGACUCAUCUCUUCUGCGGCUCCGUCCAGCGUCAAGGGGAGACCCAAUAAAAGGGUGACACGCGGACCCUUCGUAAAGCUGGCGGACUGUGCUCACUAUCACUAUGAAAAUGUCAACUAUGGCCCGAUCCAGCUUUCUCUAUCUGACUCUCGUCCGGAGGAUUCCAGUGGUAGCGAAUCCGAGGCUGUUUACAUUGUGCAAGUCACAUGUCAGGGCCGCACUUGGUCCGUUUUGCGGAGCUAUGAAGAUUUCCAGGUCCUGGACUCCAACCUUCACCGCUGUAUUUUUGACCGCCGCUUCUCUCAGUUGCUUGAACUCCCCCCUCGCCGUGAACUUCCAUCUCAGGGCCAGCUCCUGGCCCCUCUACUCUCACGAUAUUUGAAGGCUCUUUCUGGUAUUGUGGACAGUAACAUCAACUGUGGCCCCAUACUCAACUGGAUGGAGAUUGAUAAUCACGGUAAUCGGCUUCUCGUCAAUGAAGAGGCGUCAAUCAAUGUUCCUGCUAUAGCAGCCGCCCACGUGAUCAAACGCUACACCGCUCAGGCGCCAGAUGAACUUUCCUUUGAGGUCGGUGACAUAGUGUCGGUCAUUGACAUGCCCCCGCGGGAGGACACCAGUUGGUGGAGAGGAAAGCACAGCUUCCAGGUUGGCUUCUUCCCCAGCGAGUGCGUCCAGCUGAUCACAGACAAUAAGAACCCGUCUCCAGCUGCAGAAGGUGAUAUAACGUUGUCCAUCACAUCUCCGCAUGGCUCCAACUGCCCCAGACCAGUGUGCCGUCGCCAUGGGAAGCUGGCGGGAUUACUGCGCAGUUUUAUGGCGUCCAGGCCAAGCAAACAGCGUCUGCGGCAGCGGGGGAUCCUCCGGGAGAGAGUGUUCGGGUCCGACCUGGGGGAACAUCUGCUGGAUUCUGGGGAGGAAGUCCCCAGGGUCCUGGUCUCCUGCGCUCAAUUCAUAGAAAAAUUUGGCAUCGUGGACGGGAUCUAUCGUCUGUCCGGUGUCUCCUCUAACAUCCAGAAGCUCCGACAUGAGUUUGACAGUGAGCGGGUUCCGGAUCUUUCUCGGGACACAUAUCUGCAGGACGUUCACUGCGUCAGUUCUCUUUGUAAACUUUACUUCCGUGAGCUGCCGAACCCUCUGCUGACGUAUCGUCUGUAUCAUCCCUUCACGGAAGCGAUGUCGGCCCCCGCUGAAGAUGAGAAGCUGAUCCGUGUCCACGACCUGAUCCAGCAGUUGCCCCCUCCUCACUACAGGACCCUUGAAUAUCUGAUGAGGCACCUGUCGCGGCUGAGCGCCCACAGCGAUCGCACCGGAAUGCACGCACGGAACCUGGCCAUAAUCUGGGCUCCCAACCUUCUGCGGUCCCGGGACAUGGAGUCUGUGGGGGCCCCAGGAGCAGACGCCUUCCGGGAGGUCCGGGUCCAGUCGGUGCUGGUGGAGUUCCUCCUGUGUCAUGUGGAGACCCUCUUUAGUGAUACAUUCACUUCAAUAGGUCGCUGUGGACCAAUCCGGCCGCGCUCUCUGAUGGGCGGCUGUCCCUCGGGUCGUCUCGUGAGUCUGCAGGAGGCUCAAGCGCGGAGUCAGAGCCAAAGGGAGGCGGCGGAGAAACUGGGGGCCGACAAAACCUCCCCCAACAAGCCUGAGAGGGCGCUAGAGAGCAGCGAUGAAAGGAAAGUUCCCCGUGGCAGGAAGAAGUCCGGUGGGGGUAGUAGUUGGAGAACAUUCUUUGCUAUAGGGAAAAAUUCAUCUCAGCAGAAGAAGUCUCGGUCCGGGGGUCUUCGGGAGUCGGCGGCCCACCAGAGAGUGUUGGACUCGGUGACGUUGCGGUCUGCUAAGAGUGAGGAGUCCUUGUGCUCUCACACCAGUGUGACCGGGUUUCACCGGACCUCCCGCCUCCGCCGGCCUCGCUCUACAAGUGACGGUCUGACCUCGCGGCUGCCUCACUGUAGGUCCGCAGAGAGCCUGACGCAGUCCUCCCCUUCUCCGCCCUGUGUGCCGUCCCCUCCCCCAACAUCUGGACGUCCCCAAUCGGCGUGGAUUGAGGAGGAUCUGGACCUGUCGCCGCCGCUCCCGGAUAUGGACGGUCUCGGAUUCGACCCCUUAUCUUUCCGCCUCUCAUUCUCGGACCAUGAAGAAGUGAAGUCUCCUACAAUAGUCAGAGCAGACGUGAGCAGCAGCCAGGGCCAUUCCCUACCGCGCAGGCUGAGCCUGUCUCCUACCGGCGGCUGCUCCCCCUCCCCCUCUCACAGCCCUCCGGAGCGCUUGGUCACAGACAUGGAGAACCAGGGGCCCCGUAGUCUGUCUCCUCCUCCGCAGAUGCUGAACCUGCUGCUUCAAUCCUGUCAACUGCGUCUUAGUGAGACCUGUGUGAAGGAAGGGAAAGGAAUCGGGCCCCCGAAACAAGAAGAGCCCUCGAAGGGAGUGACGCUCUCUCCACAGCAAACAGCUCAUCCUCCUCCUAUGUCUGUCACACGACAACUUCCUCCUCCUCCGCCACCAAAGGAUCCUGCCCGGCUGAUGGCUUUAAAAUUGGCAGAGAGCGCCCAGAGAGCCCUUCAGUCCUCCAUAUCUACCGGGACCGUCCCUGCAAAGUCCUCACAGAGAUCAGCCCCGCCACACCCAUCCACCUCAGUAUUCAGACGGUCCCUGUCCAUGGAGUGCAGUGAGAGCUCGGUGCCAAAGGAGGGGCCCCUGUACUCUGAGCUUCGACCACACUUAACCAGCCUCAAUGAGAGUACAACCAACCAGCAUCGACCUCCGAGACCCGAGAUACACAGUACAAUGGCUCCAGGUUCCACUCCGGCUGACCUCCGAAAAAUGGCCCUAGCAGGCACUCCUCCUUCGCGAGCUCCUCGCCUGCACACCAGGUCUGGCAGCCUUCCUGCUCCUCCGAGCCUCUUUCCUCCGCGCACUCGUCCUCCCCCGUACAGGUUCCCAGAGGAGGGUCCUCGGAUGCCCCCUCACCGCUCUGCUCCUCCCUGGCCAGAAGCAGAGGGGCUUUACUAUGAGAUAUUGGGGGACCCUCCUCACAUGACACCAAUCAAUGCUUCAUAUGGAUUAAUCCAGACACCGUGGCCCUAUAUGGCAUCACCGCCCUCUCACCCUCACUCUGUACCGGCUCCGGGCUGGUACGGCCGACCUCCUCCACCUGAGCCAGAGUUCCUGAGUUAUCAGCGCUGGGACAGGACGCCUCCCGCACAUUUGCGCCAGUAUAUUAUGGGGGGAAGCGUCCCCUAUCCGUAUAUGGGAACCGCGGAAGGUAGAGGUCAACCGGUCACUUCCCGACCUAACCAACAAGGGAGAAGGGAGGAACCAAUUUAUGUCAACCUCCCCCCAAGAGCAGAUGUAGGGGGUCCAUUCCAGGGCAAUAGAGACCCUGCAGAUCCCAAACCAGACCUGCCGCACAAACAGCGUCCUGGCCGACCCCCCAGUAUUGGACGGCAUGAAAGUCUUGGAGACCCUCAACCCACAAAGCAGCACAACCCCCAACUUUCAAGAAGGGAGGGGUCUCUAAGCUUUUUUCGCCCACCUUCACUCGCCCACUCAGCGAUGUGGGGCACACAACCUAAAUACCAAGAGGGUCGAGAACCUCCACUUAUCACCUACGAGAGUCCUGGAGGAGGAGUAGCCCAGAGAAUGCGCUAUGUGGCCCCACACUGUAUGCUCUCGGAGGGCGGGACUCUGUAUGGAAAUCUAGAGCAAAGAGGACCCCCACACAGGUCUGCCACCCCCGCGGGAUUCAUGGGGUCGCCUUGGACAGUUCACACGGAGGGGCAAACAAGAAGUUACUGCUGAGGGGGCAACUUGUAGAUUUUCUCUAAUGUAAACCCACCCAUCAGUACUUGGCUCCUCCCAAGACACGCCCACAAGGUGCCAGCAAUCAAGCAGCAGAUCAUCUGUGCUGAAGCACUUAUCCUGUUUUGUGUUGGGGAUGGGGGGUCCUGUGGGGGGGAGAUGAGGGAACAAUUUCACAUGCGUUUACAAAAUUUAUAAAAAUAUAUAAUUGUUUCCUCGCUCCUCCCACGUUUAACACUUUGUAGACCGUCUCGGUUGGUGUCACAAACCUUCGGCGUGGUCCCUGUACAGCACUGGCAUAAAUGGGUUAAUGAUAAUGGAUCCCUGCAAUAGCCCCGUCCGUGAGUGCGGCAGAAAAUGGUCUGGAAGCGGGUAGAAAGCAAAUGACUACUUGGACUGCGCCUAACGGAUGGCGAUUAAUUACGUGCGGUAGAAUCGUCACGCUCAAUGUUAUAAUCUCCUCCGGCACUCGUCAGGACCGCCCGCCUAAACCGCCGCCGCCGCCACAUCCCCCAGGUAUCGGCUCGUGCCUUAAAUUCCCACAAAAAAUUUCUAAAUUGCUUUUCAUUUAAAAAUAUUUUAUUUUAUUUUUGUUAAGUUACGUAUUUGUUAGGCGACAGUAGCGCGAACUAACUGGGCGUCCGAAUUAACUGGGCGAUGUUGUUAUAUUUUAUUUUUUCAAAAAUACCGUAAUUUUUUUUUCUUUUGAAAUCAUUUUAAAUUUUUUUUUUUUUUUUAGAAAUAUUGUCUAGAAAAUAAUAUCCCAUUUAUUUAUUUAUAAUUUGAUGUAAGAUCUAGAGCACUGGUUUCCAAAAUGGGGACCUCAGCAUGACAUGCUGGGAGUUGUAGUUCUCCAACAACUGGAGGGCUACAGGUUAGAGAAGCAAAAAUUUCCAAACCAAUCGCAGUCGUCUAUUGUGUAAUUUUUAUUUUAUUAUUAUUAGUUUAAAAAAAUGAUAUAUACUUUUUUCUAUUCACACUCAAUUCUGAAAUUUGGGGGGGGGGGGGAAUUUCCAAAAAUAUGCAAAUUAAUUUAAGUCUCUAGAAUCCUUUUGUUCAUUCCUAAAAAACGAUUAAUCUAGUUAAAUCAAUUUUAGAAUUUGUCCUAAUUUUAUGACACUGCGUUUUUGUUUAUAAUUUAUUUUAAAUUGUAACGGAAUUUGAAAAUUAAAAUCCAGAAAAUGCUAUCACUGAAAUUGCGCAAAAUUUUACUUUAUUAUUGGUUUAGAAAACUAUCAAA